UGGUGUCAUUGCUGCGCAAUAGUGCUGCGCAAAGAAACGCAGAUUUGAUGUGUUGCUAAGCAACGACUGAUUCUAGGACGAGGAAAAAUAACUGGAUCUUUUCGAAGUCCAUGCAGCAUGAGCCAUGUGUGUGGCAGGUCUGCAUCAGAAAAACAUAAUUUAUCCAACAAGCUGUUAAAAGCAACAGAUAAAAAGUCUUCCUGUGUCACCACACUGACUAGGGACUCAAACUACAUUAACCAUGACAAAGACAAGCCGCACAAAACAAGACGUCUGAAGACCCGAAAGGAGAGAUGUCAGAUGAGGGCCGGCUGGAAAGACACCUUAAAAAACAAGUCACACCACCAUCGCUGUUUUUGCCAAAGCAGGAAAGACUUGACUCAUUUCCCCAACUUUUGCCAUGGUUGCCAUUGGCCCACAAUGAAAAAUACACAAAUGUCAAGUGCUGUUCCUGUUACACAGGAGCCCAGUAUCAUCACAGACAGCCGCCUGAUAGGACACCAUGGUCUCUUUAACCAUGAAGUAAAGUCCAUUGAUAUUGAACGCUUGCUAAGUGAGCAGAGCAAACUUGGACAGAGUGAACAGGCAACAAAUGAGGAAAACAAUAACACCUCAAAUUUAUCUUCUACACCUUGCAAUCCUGUUCUGCUCUCCAGUGAUGGUUUGCUGCGUGCUAAUGCUGAUGAAUGUGUGCCAGUUAAAGAGAAGGCAAAUGCUACUACAAAGACCCAUGAUGACUCCCAAGAGACAGAAAUGAUGAAACGUCAGUUCAGCAAUCAGGGGACAGAUGUCACACCAUGCCAGAGACUUCAGCAACAACUUUUCUCUUCUUCUGAAAGUCUUAAAAGCAUCAACCAACCUAAAAACAGUUUCCAAGCAACCAAGACAAAAAACACAGUCUGUAUGUCUGUAAUGGGUGAAGCUUUACAACUGAAAUCUUUUGCUGAUAGAGGUAAAACAAAGACUUUAAAAAGGACAAUAAAUGGAGACAUGAUUUCUGAUCUAAAGCAGCCUUAUGACAACCAGGACUAUCCAGCUGAAGCAGAUUAUUUAAUAUCAAGUCCACUUCGACACUUCACCUCGCUCUGUGCUGACAACUUUGAACAACAGCACAAAAACCAAGAUCCUGACCAUGUAUCAAAGGCCACAUGUGGAGUGGCAACACGCUUGUGUGAGUGCCUGCAGCUUCCAGUUCCAAACAGGAGAAACCUGCUGUCAGAAACCAGGGAGGUGUUGCUGAAAUCCCUGCAGGAGAGACAUGGGCCCUGCCUACAUGCAAACCUCCAGGAGGUGCAGCGAUCGCUUGGCUGUCUUAUAGAGCCCACACAGGCCACAAUCGAGCAAGGACAAAACAUGAUGGAAGGAGAAAGAGAAAGAGAUGGGCCCCCUCCCGGUGGGACAUGCCUGGAACACCACCGUUCACAGAUACGUCAGCCAAAAUCACUGAACGUUUUUGCUGGCAGUCCACUCCUCAGUCACGCCACAGUCUGCAACAGGUUACUGAGAAGUUGGAAACCCCUGUGGAUACCUCUGUAAACCUUUUGGAUGAAACCUGUAGACCUGGUUUCUCUCCUCACCUCUACAUGGACUUUGAGCCUUCUGGGACCUUUUUGAGUGACUUGUUUGUUCACUCUCCCAAAUUAUCCCAAGGAGACCAUGUUUUUAGGCCUGAAUUCUGGGAAGACAGCAAAUCUAAGAGUAAAGAGUCAGCUUUGAUUGAUUCGUUUCAAAACAACUUUAUGAACCAUUCCAAGGAUUUGAAAGAGCGGAUCAGUGAGCAGCAGACACAUCAUAGCCACGUCCAGCCUUUCUUUCCCUACCAAGAUGGACAUUCAGCAGAUCUACAACAUUUUGCAAAGAACCUGAACCCGUCUAAAUCUGACAGGUAUUAUUGUGAUCCCUUCUUCCCAUCCAAAAGUCACCGUCACUCCCAGAGCAAUCACUUGCAGGCUUUUGGUCAGCUUUCACCUUUUCACCCAAACUUGAAUUCCAAUCUCACUGACAUGAUGCACUACCCCCCAUCCCACAUGCUUGAAAGAAGCCUGGCACCUCCAUCUUCAUCCUUACCAAGCCCUGAGCACUGGUCUUUCCCUCCUAUGAGACUGUACUAAUCUUCAGUUAAUCUCUGGAUGGACAACUGCCUGUUAACAUUUCUCUCUGAAUUUGAGCCAUCAAGUGUUCAUAAGUACUUAUUUAAAGUAGUAUUAAAUGGAAAAACAAUAGCUGUCAUCGCAAACCAUUUUGGUUCCAUUUAAGUUCUUAUAAGGAAACAACCAAUUAUGCAUUGUUUGCAUCUUUAGAACAUCUUUUAUUAUGCUGAGUGCUACAUUACAAAUACAUGUGAACAAAUAUACAAUUCUCCAAGCAGGAUGUUUUUUUUUAGUUUAAAAAAAUGCUGUUUUGAAAGUUUUUCAUUUCUUUUGUCUGCUAAAUACAGCAGUGAAUGUGUGGAAACUGUAUAACACAACAUCUGAGAAUCUGUAAUAAACAUUAAUGAACAAAAAUAAAUUAAAUAAAAACAUAUUUAGAGUUGA